CUCUUUCUGUCCGCCAGAGACUAUUGUAAACACUGAAAAGCAUAGAUAAAAAAUUAUAAGUAUAUUUUUUAAUAUAAGGAAGAAAAAUCUUUGUGGAAACCUAGAAGCUUUCAUUUUCAUGGAAAAUCUCUCACAUUCUCGGAAACCAAACAGGGGUUCUUCUCAUGCUACACUCUCCACCAAGCGGACGACAAGUUGUAAUGGCACGGCCAACUUGUCCAGCAGAACCAUGUACGACGACGCUUUCGGUGGUGCACCGAGGUUCUUUAACGGUGGUGGUGGCCCCACUUUGUCGCCGAGACCUGAGGACUACACCGAGAUUUUCGGCGGAUUUCACGCGUCUCGAGGUUCGUCGAUUCCGGUGUUGGAUCUUCCCUUGAUGAACGACAGCAACGAGGUUAUGUUUGAUGUACGGAACCCGAGGUUCAACUACGCCGAUGUUUUCGGCGGAUUUGAUGGCUUGGAUUUCCCUGCUUCGUACGAGGGCCUGAUGAGACAAGCCAAAGCUGGUGAUGAUCACGAUCACGAUCACGAUCACGAUGGUGAUUCAUCUGAUGAAGCUUGGAUGCAAGCAGAAACUGAGUCUCUGUCAGAGGGGUCAGAUCAUUCUGGAAAAUACCGGUACUUUUCGAAUGGAGAUUAUUGUGAGCCCAUCGAUACCGGUAUGGAGUUCAAUAUAUCUUAUCACAAGGCUAAUGUUAGAGGUGACGUGAAUAUAUCAAGUGGGAUUACCCAUGUUGCUCAGCUGCAUGCUGAUCCUGAAUAUGCUUACGUAAUUGAAAAUCCCUUGCAAAAGAUGGACAAAAAGAAUCCGCCAUUGGAUUUGGCUGAUGGUAUUGAUCUUGAGUUCACUAAUGGUGUUAUAAAGAAAAAACAUCUUAGGAAAACCGUGUCCCAUCCUUCUAACCGGACUACUGGAGAACAAACAUUUACAAAUGACUCAACUCGAAGAGAAUAUCGAAGAACUGGAUCUUGUUCUGAUGAGAUGUUUGUGACAAUUUCCAAUGUCAACCUAAGAACUGCGCCAUCUCAUGUGCCACCUCCUUCUAGGCCUCCGCCAUUUGUCAAUUUAAAAAACGGAGACUAUCAAAACAGACAACAUGCUGCUCCUGGAGGGAAAAUGGGUGAUAAUUCACCUCCUUUCUUCGAUGUUGAGAUAGAUGCAAGCUCAGCUGCUGCAGCCUCUGCCGCUGCUAUGAAAGAAGCAAUGGACAAAGCUCAAGCAAAACUGAAGAGUGCAAAAGAACAACUGGAAAGGAAAAGGGAAGGCGUAAAAAGCUCAACCAAACCGGCUUCAAAGUCUGAUGGGAAAAGUAAGAAGGAAAGGGCCAAUAAGACUGUUGAGGGUUCCGGUGAUAUAGAAGUCGAGAGAGUGCUAGGUAUGAAUGGAAAAGAAGAUAGUGGAAGUGGAAUGAAAAUGCAUGUUAGAGAGGAGAGGCAAAGGGCUGUGAAAAGCCAGGUGGCUGAUUCUCUAGAAGGCGAGAAACAUUUUAAUGCACCCAAAAGAUUUGUAGUCGAGAAGCUCGGGAAUAAAUCCCAAUCAAUUCACGGGUUUGUUGAAAUUGAUGAAACUGAUGAAUGGCAGGAAGCAACUCAAUUUUUUGAAUUGGUUAGGACAGAUAAGUCGAGAACAGUUUUGGAGCAGAUGAAUAAUGAGAAAGUUUUGGUCCAGAGCAUGAAAUCUCAUGAGCUCCAACAUAAAGCCAAAAAAGCAAACAUUGGGGCAUUGGAGCAGCAACUAGACAGUGAUGAGAAAGUAGAAGCUGUUAGGGAAGACCACGAGCUCGAUAAAGUUGAGAGAGACAUGAAAACGGCGAAAGAAAGUUGUGAAAGGGGGGAACCCACCAGAAUAUCGAGACCUGUUAAAGAGGCCCGUAAGCAUAAAGGGCAUGAAAAGAAGGUUAAAACAGCUCAAGAGGUUAGUGAACUAGAGGAGAAUGGGCAGUCUCUAACAGCAGGGAAACCUUUGGAAAAUGGUAAGAAACCAACUGGAACUGAUGAAUUAGGAAAACGUCAGCAGCAGAUAAAUGCUCAACAAAAAGGAAAUAUGGUUGAAGCUGGGCAGGAUGCGGAACUGAAAGAGAACGGGAAGCAGGAAAAGCAGACUAGUAACAGUUUUGACGAUCCAAAGAGAGUGAGAGAGUUCCAAAAACAGAAAGAUGAGGAGAAAAGCUGGAGGGAGGUUUUUGAGCAGGAAAAGCAUGAAACAAACCUUGAAGUACAAGUAGAGAAUGAGAAGAGGCAGACAGAGGUUCUUGAGCUGGAAGAAAAAGAGGAGAUUGAAGGAACUCGUGAACGAGAAGAAAGUGCAAAGAAAGAGGAGGAACAUGAACUUGAAGAGAAGAUAUGGAGAAUGGCUCUUGAACAGCUAGAGAAUGAGAAAAGACUAAAACAAGCACAUUUGCAGGAAGAAAAUGAGAGGAGACAGAGAAAGGCUCUUGAACAAGAAGAGAUGGUGGGGAAGCAAAGAGAGGCUCAUGAGGUAGAUGCAAGCAAGCGAAGACCAAAGCAGGUUACCGAGGAAGAAAAAGAUGAGAGGCAACAAAAGGAGGGUUUUGAGAGAAAGGAAGCUGAGAAUAGACUAAGAAAGGCUGGUGAAGAGGAAGCAAUUGAUAAUGGGAUCAAAGAAGCCUAUGAAAAAGAAGCGACUGUGGAGAGAUUCAAAGAAGAUCACGGCAUACCAGAGAAAGAGGUCCAAGAUACAGAAGAGGUAGUUAAAAAAAGAGUAGUUGAUCUCAAAGAAACCGAAGAAUUACUAGGAGUAAAUGAUGUUUACCAGCAUACUCAAAGGUAUGAAAAAGGGAAGAAACCGAAAUUUGCUGAAGGAACUCGUCAUCGUGUAGAGGGAGAGAAUUCUGUGGUAUCUGAUGCAGUAAAUAAUGAUCAAAAUAUUGAUGAAACUGAAGAAUCUGGAGAAUCCACCAUUGAAGAAAAUGGAAAGGUGGAGGUUGAAUUCAGUGACAGUGAGAAGAAAUCAGAUCCAUUGGUGAAAGGGGACGUUGGUGGAAGGUUGAAUGCUUCUGGGAUGGCUGGCUUAGAAGCUAAAGUCAGUCAGUUUAGAAAUGAUGAUAUUUCAGACUUGUCUUGUCAAGAUGACGGUGUGAAGAAAACUGGCAAAGCUGGAAAUGACAUUGGACAAAGAAAUGCCGAGAAGAUUAACAGUGUUCCUAAAUUGGACUCUGAUAAUGAAAACCAAGGGCUGAAAUUUGGUUAUGAAUGGAAGGAAAGAUUUAAGAAUGUCAAAGAGGCCCAGGUUUACUCUCAGAUUGAAGAAGACGACGAUAAUUUUGUAUCUGCUCAAGCGGCAAAAGAGUAUAUUGAAACUGGAAGGAAACAUGACACAGCUGAUGUAUUGGAAGGGGAAGAAAGCAUUCAGAGAACAGCUCAGAGCACAGAAAGGAAAGACAAGAAGGUUAAUGAGAGCCUCAUACCUGAAGAGGAGGAGGCUGAAAGGCUGAAAAGAGAAAGAGAACUGGAGAAGGAACGUCUUAGAAAGAUAGAAGAAAGAGAGAGGGAGAGGGAAAGGGAAAAAGAUAGGAUGGCUGUUGACAUAGCUGCUCUUGAAGCUUACGAAAGGGGUUAUGUUGAAGCUCGAGAGAGGGCAGAAAGGGCUGCUGUAGAAAGAGCAACUGCUGAAGCUCGUCAACGAGCAAUGUCAGAGGUACGUGACAGACUAGAGAAGGCAUGUGCAGAAGCUAGGGAGAAGUCUUCUAUGGAAACCAGGCUCAGAGCAGAGCGUGCUGCUGUGGAGAGAGCAACUGCAGAGGCUCGAGAGCGUGCUGUCGAAAAGGCAAUGGCUGAAAGGGCUGCUUUUGAGGCAAGGGAACGAGUGGAACGGUCUAUGUCUGAUAAGUUUUCAACUUCUAGAAACGUUGGAAUGAGAACAAGCUCUUCAUACUCCGAUCUAAAGGAUCAGCACAUUCAGAGCAGUGGUUCUUUUGAUGGUUUAAGAUACCCAUAUUCCUCUACUUAUAAUGGUGUUGAAGGUGAAUCAGCUCAGAGGUGUAAAGCGAGAUUAGAGAGAUAUCGACGGACAGCCGAACGAGCUGCAAAAGCUCUUGAAGAAAAGAACAUGCGUGAUCUUCUAGCUCAAAGAGAGCAAGCGGAAAGAAAUAGAUUUGCAGAAACUCUCGAUGCUGAUGUGAAGAGGUGGUCGAGUGGGAAAGAAGGGAACCUGCGUGCAUUGCUUUCAACUUUGCAAUAUAUCCUUGGUCCAGAGAGUGGUUGGCAAUCAAUUCCAUUAACAGAAGUUAUAACUUCAGCUGCAGUAAAGAAAGCUUACAGAAAAGCCACUCUUUGUGUUCACCCCGACAAGUUACAGCAACGGGGUGCGAGCAUUCAGCACAAGUACGUUUGUGAAAAGGUCUUUGAUCUCCUAAAGGAAGCUUGGAACAAAUUCAAUUCAGAAGAGCGGUAGCGCAGUCCUGAGUACUGAUACCAAUUGUAUCAUUAUAUUUCACUCUGUUGAGUAAAUUUACAUAUUUGGCAAGAAAACAUCCUCAGUGCCCCGUCUAUUUUAUGUAUCUAUUACU